UCCCUGGGAUCUCAACUCAAACCCUUCCAACCCUUCUCCCUCACGCAUAAACACUCUGAGAGUCACGAUGAAUAACAAACUCACAGUGCUGCUGGUUCUGCUAUGUGCAGCUAAUUUCCACGUCACCUUAUCAUUUGUCACAGAUGGCUUAUUACCCAACGGCAACUUCGAGUACGGUCCAAAGCAUUCAGAACUCAAGGGCACGGUAGUGACGAACCCUAACGCAAUUCCCAACUGGGAAAUAUCAGGCUUCGUCGAGUACAUAAAAUCAGGUCAAAAACAAGGUGACAUGCUGCUGCUCGUCCCUGAGGGCGGCUUCGCAGUGAGGCUCGGGAAGGAGGCCUUGAUCAAGCAGAAGUUGAAGCUCACAAAAGGCGGCUUCUACUCCGUCACAUUCACCGCUGGUCGGACGUGCGGGCAGGAGGAGAAGCUGAACGUGUCCGUCAAUCCCAACGUUGAAGAAAAAGACUGGGGAAUAAUGCCAAUCCAGACAAUGUACAGCAGCAAUGGAUGGGAUUCGUAUGCAUGGGGUUUCAAUGCAGAUUCUGAUGAGGUUGAGCUUGUGAUCCAUAACCCUGGGGGGGAGGAAGAUCCUGCUUGUGGCCCACUUAUUGAUUCUGUUGCUUUGAAGCUCUUGGAACCUCCUAAACGUACUAGAGCCAACUUGUUGAAAAAUGGAAACUUCGAAGAAGGGCCCUAUGUGUUGCCCAACACAUCAUGGGGAGUCCUAAUCCCACCCCACAUAGAAGACGACCACAGCCCACUCCCAGGCUGGAUCAUCGAGUCUCUCAAGGCCGUUAAGUACAUCGACUCCCAGCACUUCUUCGUACCCGAAGGCCGUAAAGCCAUCGAGCUUGUCGGCGGCAAAGAAAGCGCAUUGGCCCAAGUCGUCUUCACCAAGCCUGGCAAGCUCUACGCCCUUACAUUCUCCGUAGGUGACUCCAACAACGCCUGCGAAGGCUCCCUCAUCGUCGAGGCGUUUGCCGGCAAAGACACCCUCAAGGUGCCGUACCAGUCCAAAGGCAAAGGUGGGUUCAAGCGCGCGAGGCUCCUUUUCACCGCCGUGGGGCCGCGAACCAGGAUCAUGUUCUACAGCACGUUUUACACCAUGUCCGCCGACCACUCUGGGUCUCUGUGCGGCCCCAUCAUUGACGAUGUGAAGUUGCUUAGCGUUCGUAAAGUACGUGUUUGAUGAAAUGCCUCUCAGAAAAAGUUAUGCGGCUAGUUUGGUCUUUUAGCUGAUUUAAGUUAUAUGGGAAGGGGAGUUUCUGAAUUUUACUUUUGUUGUAGUAGGAGGUAGAUGUGUAUUACGAGCUUAACCACACGGGUGUUAUCUAUAUAUGUGAUGUGUACCAGUGUUUAAAAUAUCAACGAAGUUGUCGAUAUUUCCAUCGAAAUAUCCGUAAAAUCAAGAAUUGAUUUGGGAAGCGAGUGUGAAAUGCAAACUUCAUCCUACAUUGGUGAGAUAUCGGAAAAUUCAUGAA